GGGAAGCGGGUGCGCGCGGCGGGAUUGCAGCCCCCCCCUCCACCCCCCGCCGCGGUUCUGAUGCCCCGGCCCGGCCCGCAGCGGUUCGACGGGGCGUUCCUGCGGGAUGGGCGCGGGCGCGCUGGCCGUGCGCCGGAGGAAGGCCACGGCCCGGCUGAAGGAGGACCCGGGAGGGGGCCUGGCCGAGCCGCCCGGCCCACAGAAUGGUUCCUGCAGCCAGAAGGUCUUCGGGGUCCCUCUGCAGGAGCUGGAGCAGCGGGGACUCACUGAGCAUGGGGUCCCUACUCCGGUGAGAACCCUGGUCGACUUCUUGACGGAGCACGGGCUGGCCCAGGAGGGCCUGUUCCGCGUGGCCGGCAGCGUGCGGGCGGUGGAGGAGCUGAGGCGUGGGUUCGAGAGCGGCCUCCCGGUGCGGCUGGACGGCGGGGACGUGAGCGCGGCCGCCAGCCUGCUGAAGCGCUUCGUGCGGGAGCUGCCCGGCGGGCUGCUGACCAGUGCGCUGACCCCGCACCUGCUGCAGGCCCUGCUAGAUGACCAGACGGGUGCCCAGGAGAGCUGCUUGAGAGACCUAAUUCGAGAGUUACCACACCUUCACUACUGCCUCCUCAGGUACCUCUGCCGGUUCCUGAGGAAAGUGGCUGAGCACCAGGCCCAGAACCGCAUGGACAUCCACAAUCUGGCCACCGUAUUUGGACCCAACUGUUUCCAUGUGCCACCUGGACUUGAAGGUAUGAAACAACAAGAUCUCUGCAAUAAGAUCAUGGCUAAAAUAUUAGAAAACUACGAUUCACUCUUUGAAGUAGACUAUGCAGAAAGUGAUAACCGGAGGUGUGAACACCUGGGAAGGCUGAUAUUAGUAAAAGAGGCCAGCUGCAGGAACUCCCUGCCUAGUCUUCAGGCAGAAGAUGUGGAGAGAGACCUGCCGAAGCCGCCUUCUCCCAAGCCCCGUCUGAUGUCAUCUUUAGUGCUGAUCGACAGAAAGCUGUUUCUCUACAAUCAGCUCAGACAGGGCUACCAGCUCUCAUCAGUGUCAUUCAACACAGUGUUGGAAAUCUUCCCUCAUUUGCUCUCGUGUUUCCGUUCUGUUGAGUCUGUGCUUCGGGUGUAUGGCUGGACCCUCACUCAUGUCAUUGGUAUGACUGAAGUCCUGUAUAAGAGGCAGUUUGGGAACAGCUUCCAAAACUUUGACGAGAACUGCCUUAUGACCCGAGAGCCCAUCCAGGGCAUCUAUCAGAAGACAGUUCAGCCCAAACCUUAA